UCCUGUUUCUCUUCAUUUCAGUCUGGAUUCACUCACCCCACACCUUUCCUGGUUAUGGUGAUAAACCACAGACCUGCCCCUGGGUUAUCCUGAAUUCCUCACUUCAGAUGUUUCCUGGCCUGUAGAGUCACCUCAAUAUCCUUCUUCAAGUUAUCCUGGGAUAUUGUUCCAGAGACUAAUGUACACACUGGGAUUUACACAAUUGUUUCUGGAAUGAAGGAGUUUCCUGAGGUUACAAGCACUGCAACAGUCAAUGGAGUAAUAAUAGCUUCUCGUGACAAUAAAACCCAACAGUGCAUCCCUAGGCAGCAGUUCUUGGCAGAUUUCUUCGAUAUGAAUUUCUGGGAUCAUGUUACAGAGAUAGUGAACAGACAUGCAAACAUGGCGAAGGAAAUUCUGAGUACAAUAAUGAAGAGGACAAACCAGACAUCUGGAAGUACAGAAUUUAACACAGCAUUCGGAAAGUGGCUGAAUCAAUGUCCUGUACAGCUGCAACAUGAUAUCCCAACUCCUGUACUCAAUCCACUGACCUAUAAAAGAUUUGGAUUUGAUGGAGAAGACUUUAUCAGUUUAGACCCAGACAGAAUGAGAUGGAUCACAUCCAAUCCCAUUGCAGUGAUGACUAAAGAGAAAUGGGAUUCUGAUGAUUCCUGGAACAACUACUGGAAAAGACACCUGGAAGAUGCAUAUAUUGAAAAUUUGAACACAUACCUGAAAGCUGGAAAGGAAUAUUUCACAAGGAAAGAAAAUCUGAAAAGCAAUUGGCUGCAUUCCCAACUUGGAAGUCUCAUUGCAUCAAUGGUCAUUCUAUUGGCUGUUAUUGUCGGGAUAGUCGGAAUAAUCAUCUGGAAAUGGUCACGGAGAGAUUCAUCAAAUGGGACAUACACAACAGCUCCCAGUAAGUGGCUGAGGGGUCAGAGUGUUGGGAAUGAUGGAGAAGGUAAUGGGAGGUGUAGAGUAGAUUCCCUACAGUAUGGAAACAGGCCCUUCAGCUCAACAAGUCCACGCAGACCCU